UUUUCUAGACUGCCGGUCCAACGACACAUCCGGCCACUCUUCUCAGAGAGCCCUCCAGAAAGUUCUCCGUCGCGGAGCGGCUAUAAGAACCAGCCAUCUUCCCUCACCAGCCUCUGCGUAACUCGAGCGACAGCUAGGAUAAUAAUAUCACCUGGCAAGUUUUCACCAUGGUUCGCGAAACCGGCUACUACGAUUUACUGGGUGUCAGCCCCGGCGCCUCACAAGAUGAACUCAAAAAAGCCUACAGAAAACUCGCGUUGAAAUAUCACCCCGACAAGAAUCCAAAUGAAGGAGAGAAGUUCAAGCUUAUAUCUCAAGCAUAUGAGGUGCUGUCAAACCCAGAGAAGAGAGAAUUGUAUGACCAUGGAGGAGAACAAGCAAUCAAAGAGGGAGGCAUGGGUGGAGGAACUUCCCCAAUGGACAUGUUCAACAUGUUCUUUGGAGGUGGAGGAAGGAUGCAGAGGGAGAGAAGAGGAAAGAAUGUUGUCCACCAGCUUAGUGUUACACUGGAGGAGAUGUACAAAAGCAGCACGAGGAAACUAGGACUUCAGAAGAAUGUAAUUUGUGAAAAAUGUGAAGGUUAUGGUGGUAAGAAAGGUACCUUGGAAAAGUGCUCAAGUUGCAAGGGAAGAGGUGUCCAAAUCAAGGUGCAACAGAUUGGGCCAGGCAUGAUUCAGCAGAUCCAAAGCAUGUGCUCCGACUGCCAGGGACAGGGCGAGAAAUUUAGCUCGAAGGACCGCUGCAAAAACUGCAAUGGACGCAAAGUAGAACGCAAGAAGAAAAUUCUUGAGGUUCACAUUGACAAAGGUAUGAGAGACGGCCAGAAAAUAACAUUCAGUGGAGAAGGGGACCAGGAACCUGGACUGGAGCCUGGUGAUGUAAUCAUUGUUCUGGAUCAGAAGGAUCACCCCGUGUUCCAGAGAAAAGAGGAUGAUUUGACAAUGAAGAUGAACAUCAAACUCGCUGAGGCCCUGUGUGGUUUCAAGAAGACCAUUCAAACACUAGAUGACAGAAUGCUCAUCAUCAGCUCACAUCCAGGUGAAGUAAUAAAGCACAAUGACAUCAAAUGUGUUCAGAAUGAGGGUAUGCCAAUUUAUAGGGAUCCUUAUGAAAGGGGACAGCUUAUCAUCCAUUUCCAGGUGGAAUUUCCAGAUAAAUACUGGCUACCAGAGCAUCUAAUGUUCCAGCUGGAAAGACUGCUUCCUCCCAGGGAGGAUGUGAUGAUUUCUGAUGACAUGGAAGAGGUGAAUCUCUGUGAGGUGGAUGAACGGACACAACAGAGAAGCUCGAGUCGGGAGGCGUAUGAGGAAGACGAUGAGAGUCCCAGAAGCGGAGUGCAAUGUCAGACGCAGUGAUUAAAGUCCGAUAAAGAUGUGUUUUAGAGCAUGUGGGUUGUUAUGAAUUUUUGUUUUUUUUCCCUUUCAUGAAUAUGCCUUCAAAGUCCCAUUUUCACAGUAAUGCAAUGCAAGAAACAUUAGGUUUGAAACUGG